CUCCCCACACUUAGGCUGAGUUUAGCCCUCCCGAGCCAGGAGUGCGCGCGGUGCGGCGGGAGUCCGGCGGGCGCCCGAGCAAACUCUCCCGUCGGAGCGCGAGGCAGAGCCCGCCCGGCCCAGGGACGGGCUAUGGCUACGUCUAUCCUUGGGGAAGAGCCACGAUUCGGGACGACGCCCCUGGCCAUGCUGGCCGCCACCUGCAACAAGAUCGGGAACACCAGCCCGCUGACCACCCUGCCCGAGUCCAGCGCCUUCGCCAAGGGGGGCUUCCACCCCUGGAAACGCUCCACCUCCAGCUGUAACCUGGGCUCCAGCCUCUCGGGCUUCACGGUGGCCACCAGCCGCGGCUCCAGCGGCCUGGCCAGCGGCACGGGCGCGGCCAACAGCGCCUUCUGCCUGGCCUCCACCUCGCCCACGUCCUCGGCCUUCAGCAGCGACUACAGCGGCCUCUUCUCCAACUCGGCGGCGGCGGCGGCGGCGGGCGUGUCCCCGCAGGAGCCGGGCGGGCAGUCGGCCUUCAUCUCCAAGGUGCACAGCUCGGCGGCCGAGAGCCUGUACCCGCGCGUGGGCAUGGCGCACCCCUACGAGUCCUGGUACAAGUCGGGCUUCCACUCCACGCUGGCGGCGGGCGAGGUGGCCAACGGGGCGGCGUCGUCGUGGUGGGACGUGCACACCAACCCGGGCUCGUGGCUGGAGGUGCAGAACCCGGCGGGGGGGCUGCAGAGCUCGCUGCACUCGGGCGCCCCCCAGGCCUCGCUGCACUCCCAGCUGGGCACCUACAACCCCGACUUCAGCUCGCUCACGCACUCCGCCUUCAGCUCCACGGGCCUGGGCUCCACGGCCGCCUCGCACCUGCUCUCCACCAGCCAGCACCUGCUCACGCAGGAGGGCUUCAAGCCCGUGCUGCCCUCCUACACGGACUCGAGCGCGGCCGUGGCCGCCGCCAGCGCCAUGAUCACGGGCGCCGCGGCCGCCGCGGCCGGGGGCGGCUCGGCGCGCUCCGCCCGCCGCUACUCGGGCCGGGCCACGUGCGACUGCCCCAACUGCCAGGAGGCCGAGCGGCUGGGGCCGGCCGGGGCCAGCCUGCGGCGCAAGGGGCUGCACAGCUGCCACAUCCCGGGCUGCGGCAAGGUGUACGGCAAGACGUCGCACCUGAAGGCGCACCUGCGCUGGCACACGGGCGAGCGGCCCUUCGUCUGCAACUGGCUCUUCUGCGGCAAGCGCUUCACCCGCUCGGACGAGCUGCAGCGGCACCUGCGGACUCACACGGGCGAGAAGCGCUUCGCCUGCCCCGUCUGCAACAAGCGCUUCAUGCGCAGCGACCACCUGAGCAAACACAUCAAAACGCACAACGGGGGCGGCGGGGGCAAAAAGGGCAGCGACAGCGACACGGACGCCAGCAACCUGGAGACGCCGCGCUCCGAGUCCCCCGACCUCAUCCUGCACGACGGCGUGGGCGCCGCGCGGGGGCCGGGCGCCAAGGACGCCGCCGCGGGGCCCAGCGACUCGUAGGCGGCCGGGGCGCCCGAGCCAGCCCUGCCCGGCCCGGCCCGCCCCGGCCCGGCCCGGCCCGGAGGACAGAGGAGCAGCCGCUCCCCGCUCCCGCCUCCCGGGAGCCGCGCGCCAGGGGAGCCGAGCCGAGCGGCCCCCGGACGGCGCGGCAAGAGAGACCCGACUGAGUGCGGCGCGGGCCCGGCCCGGAGCGCCGGCAGGAGGGGCCGGGCCGGACGCGGACUCAGCCGCCCCGCGUGUGGAUUAGGGGCUCGGGGCAGCCGGAGGCGGCGGCACUUUGACUUGCUCUUUUCUUUUCUUCCCCCUCCCUCCCCUUCCUCCUUUUUCUAUGGCAAGGAAAAGCAUCCCGAGGCGGCCAGGUGAGGAGCCCGCGGCCGGCUGCGCAGCGCCGCCGCCGCCUGUAUAAAUAGGGGUCGAGCAGACCGUGUCCUCUUCUCUCGUGUAAAUGUCCGAUGGCGGGGGCCUGGGGGCAGGGGGCUUUCGGGGCUACCCCGGCCCACCUCCUCUCUCUCUCUCUCUCUCUCUCUCCCCCCUUUUUCCACCCCCCUUUUUCUUUUCCAAUUUCCGAUGCACUUUGUGAAGUCCGUAUAUAUGUAAGAGAUAUUUAAAAUGUUGAGUUAACAUUUCGCUCAGACACACGUAAGUUAAGGUCAUUUAAAAAGAAAUUAAAAAAUGCGUUUAUCUGUAUGGAAAAAAAUCUCGCCAUAAUAUUUUCAUUUUGGUAUUAUUAAAGGACUCUGAACGAC